AUGCCGCCACCAACGAGCAACCAGGACCGACUGCGCAUGAUACGGACCCCUGUUCAAUCGUUUUUUAACGAUAAUAGCCAAGCACUGUUGGAAACUUUCUCCAUCAAUACACAAGUCAACCAGCGCAGCCGGUUUCCACCGCCCGACAAUGGCAGGGGUCGUUACGCAAAAGACGAUGAUAUUAUUAUUGUUAAUACUACAAGGGUUCGUCGCCGUCGUCAUCGUCAUCGUAGUAACGAGGAUACAGAGUUUCCCUCGGCGAGACCUCGACGGCGCCGGGUGGGCGCGAUAUUCGCAGAAGCUGAGGUGCGAUUUCGAGGCAUGAGGAAAAGAUUUAAGGACCGCUGGAACAAGGAGUUCCCCGAUACACCAUGUGCCGAGUGCGCAACCUUGCUGCUCCCGAGGAAGCGCCAACAGAGAGCAUUCCAGGACAACCAUGAAUACGGCAUCACCAGAGUGUUCAAUGUUCCUGUGACUGACGAACCUGGUGGCGUGAUUCUCUGCGAGGACUGUCGCAAAGAGCCUCAGGCUCCUAUAGACUGCGGCAAGGUCCCUCAGUGCAUUGCUUCUCUUCCACGGCGAUCGACUCUAUUCAUAUCCCCUUUCAAGUUGGAUACGAAUCUAGGAAGGACUUUAGGGUACGACUUACACGCAACCCCUUACGUGUACCGUACCUUGUCAGGCGUUAUUAAUACGAAUCCGAUUAAUGAGCGAGCGAACAUGCUCUAUUCUGGCACACUUGGGGCUUAUCUGCAGAGCAGUCCACAUCGAGUAGACCAACACCAGAAUCUCGAGCAUCUAAUUCAUGUUCGCAAUUGGCUGCUGCAAAGAAACCCCGUCUUCCAAAGGAAUGAUGUGCGGGCGCAUCUUCAAAUCAACCACCCGUUACCAACUGUCGACCUCCCUGAGAACAGCGAUGAGCAGCGACCUCAAACACGCCCGGAUCUUGUCAUGAACCCCUUUCAGUACGACCAAGAAACAAGGAAUGAGCAUUUCCGAUACGACAGGCUCUCCAUUGGGGCAGUACAGGUCCCCGAAGGACAUCCUCCAAAGCCGAUGCUAUAUCGAACUGAUCCGGAUGUCGAGGUGCUCUGCUUUCCGCACGUUUAUCCUUACGGGAAAGGACAAUUUGUACAAGGAGAGCGCCGCGAAGAUGGGCGCUCUAGAUAUACGCGCCACAUGGACACAAAACGGAAGCUCAAUUCCUACAACCGCGCUUUCAGAGACGAUUAUUACUGGGCUGCGUGGGCAUACCAAGAAAUGGAAGCGACAAGAAUCUUUCAGAAUACAAAUCGCCUUAUUCAUAAUAAAACGAGGCAAGCUAUAGACAACCGUCUUCCUCAGCAUCAACUCCUACAGCAGUCGAAUUAUGGGACACAUUCUAUUAUUAGUGAAACUCUCACACAUGGUAUACCUGGCUCAAUCCGAACCGGAGAAGCUUAUUUUCUCGAAAAGGAACGCCUCGUAAACUCGAUGAUUGCAGGCCACGGGCUCCCCCAACUCUUUAUCACGCUGACUUUUAAUGAAGGCUGGGAAGAAUUUAAGAACAUUUUGCGGUCUAUCUCUUCUACUGCUAUGCCAUCCAACCAUCCAUGGGAGGGAGUUCAAUAUUACUACGAGAGGAUCCAUAAUCUAAAAUCCAAAUUCUGGAAAGGGAAGUCCAACCACGCCAAGUUUGGUGUCCUAAAGGAACUAAUCGAAAGAUUUGAGUUUCAAUUACGGGGCGCAAUACACAGCCAUUGCUUAUUGUGGACUGAGAAGUCUAUCGUGGAAUUGCUUGCGUUUGGUUUUGUCCGCGCAGAUAUUCCCGAUCCCGAAAAGGAGCCUGAGUUGCAUAGCCUUGUCAUGAAAUAUCAGAUUCACAAAUGCAAAGACCACAUUUGUGGCGGACCCGGGAGGUACGGAAAGUGCUCCAAGGGCUUUCCAGCAGACGUGUCGGGCAGGACGUUUCAUCAGCCUGGCAACCCCAGGUAUACUUAUGCCCGCACCGAAGCUGACGUGUGGGUAAUUCCUUAUAACUCUCAAUUGCUAUUAAUCUGGGAAGGCCACUGCAACGUUCAGUUCGUGACGAGCCAAGGUCUUGCCUCUUACAUCACGAAAUACGUCACCAAACGAGCCACUCUCUCAGGUCGUUGUGGGCGAUUGUACAACAACUCAGAAGCACCUGUUGGCUCGCAGAAUGGGAUCUAUGGAAAUAAUUGUGCUGUGCUUGGGGUUGGACAUUUUUCGCUGCACCAGCGGAUCUCUCUACCUUCCAACCAGUAUUCCUGA